AUGGGGUCAAUCUCAAACACCGGUCCGUCUGCUGUCGACGAAACAUUUGACUACAUCAUCGUGGGUGCAGGCAUUUCAGGCAUCAACACAGCAUACUAUCUACAAGCAAAUGGGCCGCAAAAUGCCACAUAUGCUAUUAUGGAGGGACGGUCCCGCCUGGGAGGGACAUGGGAUCUAUUUCGGUAUCCCGGUAUCCGGUCGGAUUCCGAUAUCUACACAUUCGGGUUCUCAUGGAAUCCGUGGCAAGGCGAUAAACCACUAGCUGAUGGCCCUGAUAUCUAUUCGUACCUAGCGAAAUCGGCAUCGAUGCAUGGCAUCGACAGACACAUCCGGUACCAACACCAGGUCGUCUCCGCGGAUUGGGACUCGGACACUUUCAGGUGGGCGCUGCAAGUCACGACGGGCGACGAGAAGGUCAAGACAUUCUCGGCUCGCUUCGUCGUCCUCGGCACCGGGUACUACGACUACAAACAACCCUUGGCUGCGGAGAUACCCGGCAUCCAGGACUUCAAGGGCCAAGUCAUCCACCCCCAAUUCUGGCCGGAAGACCUUGACUAUCGCAACAAGAACGUUGUCAUCGUCGGGAGCGGCGCCACGGCGAUCACCUUGCUACCCAAUAUCGCCACAGAUGCAGCCCACGUCACCAUGCUCCAGAGAAGCCCGGGAUACAUUUUUAGCAUGCCGUCCCGGAGGGGACUGUUGUCGAGGUUCUUCAUGUCCGUCUUGCCACGGACCUUCACGGCCCGAUUUCUCCGAAUACAGUAUUUCAUCUUGACCACCCUCCUCUACUACUAUUGCCGAUGGUUUCCAAAAUCCGCUCGACUACUCCUGGUGGGCGCCGCAAAGCUGCAGCUUCCGCCGAACGUGCCUGUCGACCCACACUUCAAGCCGCGUUACAAUCCCUGGGACCAACGGCUGUGCGUGUGUCCCGACGCCGACUUCUAUGCCGCCUUGCGUUCAGGAAAAUCCGACGUCGUCACGGACACCAUCGACAGGGUGACUGACUCGGAGAUCGUCCUCAAAAGCGGAGCGGCCCUGAGGCCCGACAUCAUCAUCACGGCGACGGGGCUGAGGAUACGCUUCGCCGGCUCCAUCUCGAUAUCCGUCGACGGCGUCCCCGUGGACGUGAGCACAAAGUACUCCUACAAGGCCUGCAUGCUGCAGGAUGUCCCGAACAUGGCAUUCAUCUUCGGGUACGCCAAUGCCUCCUGGACGUUGGGCGCUGAGGCGACCAGCUCGUACCUAGUCAGGCUGUGGCGAGCCAUGGACGCGAAGGGGGCGAGGUCGGUGACGCCGCAGCCCGAGAACCUCAACAUGAAGCCGCAUGUCGCGGUGAAUCUCAGCUCCACCUACUUGCAAAAUUCUAUGAAGGUGUUGCCCAAGUUCGGGACGGGCAUCUGGGCGCCAAGGACAAACUACCUCGUGGAUUUGUGGAAAGCGACGAUGGGCGACGUGUUUAGGGGAUUGCAGGUACGUUGA